UACAAAUCUCACGCACACUGUCAAUGAGGCUAUGGCCUGGGGUAGCUCGUCACAGUUUAGAUCCAUCCCUCAGCCAUCAUUAUGGCCCGUCGUCGACGUGUCACCUUCGAGUCUUCAAACUCGUCAGAAUCAGACUCUGAUUCUGAACUUUCUUCAGCGUCAUCGCGCAAACCAUCUCCUACUCCUCCAGGAGAGAAAUCUGCUUCCGGUGUCGAGCCCUUGGAAGGGACAAAGCGUAAACGUAAGUCGUCAAACAACAAGAUGAAGAGUUCAAAGCGUCUUCGGUCGCAAAAAAAGGAUGAUCAGGAGACAAGCCACCCAGGAUAUACCCAGGAUCCGGGUGAGGUACACCUGAGUGAAGUGCAACAAGUCCUCAUUACCACCAUUCGCGCAACUGAUGUCACCCUUGGUCUCCGACGGAUCCCCGCUGGGUUCCACGCGGUGAUCAAGGCUGACAGUGUUGAAUACCAGACAAGCAAUAAGUUUGUACACGUAGAUCAGGCUUUCGUCGAAUGGCACGAGCACAUUCUUCUGCCGCGCGAGCCAUCUUCUAAAGUUCGGGUCAGCGUGUAUGCUUCAUUUGAAUCAGGUCACAUGGUCUGUCACGGAGAACUCCUGCGCACAUUCGAGACCUCCGUUGGUGAACUACUGGAUCUCAGCGAAAAAUCGCAUCCCAUAAUCUUUGAGCCAAAGGAGGAGGAAGUCGUAUCCUCUCGUACUUCACUUUUUAUGACUGUGGAGCAGCAGCUUCCUGACCAAAUCGACGCCGCAGGUCUCUGCCCCCUUGCUACCCCUACAUCACGCGAUAUGGAUUCAUUAGCACUAGAGACUGAUGCCGGACAUCGUCUUCUCGCACAAUAUCGCAGGAUGCAGAACGGCGGGGAUCUCGGCCAAUCCGUAAACCAUUUUGAACGCGCCUUGAAUCUCUGCCCCAUGGACCAUCCCUACCGCCCUGCAGCACUAUUCAAUAUAGCCACCGCAAAGUUUACUAGUUGCCAAGCUGAUGGGAUAUACCUCUACCUCGACAUUCCUAUCUCUCUUUUUCAAGUUGCCCUUGAUUUGCGUCCCGCGGGUCAUCCAGAUCGACCUACCACUCAACUCCAUCUUGCCAUUUCUCUGCUCUCUCGCUUCGCGAAACACGGCUUUCAAACAGAUGCCGACACAGCUAAAGAGUUACUGAGCGACGUCCUCAAUGUCUGCCACUUCAACAGCCACAUUUACAGAGCAGCUCUAGUUACAAUUGAAACAUCUGCUCUGCGUUCUGCCGGAAACAUCGAUGCAAAUGAUUUUGAGCAGGAGCAGCGGGCAGCAUCUGUGCUUCCUUUAUCGCCGGAUCAACUUGUUGAUAGAGUAGAGAGAUGUUUGCAGAGAGAUAAACCCCGUGACUUAGAUGAAGUAAUAUCCCUUCAUUUUGAUGUACUGGGAUAUUACAACACCGGGCAUGCUUGUCGAGCACAGCUGCUAAGCAAUUUAGCUGUUAUGCUGCGAACUCGCUUCGAGCGUGGAGGCCAAAGCAAAGACUUGGAUCAGGCUAUCGCACUUCACAAGGAAGCACUAUCCUUGCGCCCGGUUGGUCACACAGAUCGGUCCAUGUCAUUAAAUAACCUCGCGACUGAAUUCUCCUUCCGCUUUAAGCACCGAGGCGACGACGAAGACUUAGAUCAGGCUAUUGCACUGCACACGGAAGCGCUGACCUUGUGCCCAGUCGGUCACACGGAUCGGUCCACGUCAUUAAAUGGCCUCGCGAAUCGACUGUCUUCCCGCUUUGAGCACAGAGGCAACGAGGAAGACUUGGAUCAGGCUAUCGCACUUCAUACAGAAGCACUGGCCUUGAGCCCCGUCGGUCAUACAGAUCGGCCCACAUCAUUAAAUGACCUCGCGAGUCAACUCUCCUCCCGUUUUCAGCACCGAGGCAACGAGGAAGAUUUGGAUCAGUCUAUCACACUUCACAUGGAAGCGCUGGCCUUGCGCCCCAUCGGUCACACAGAUCGGUCUAUGUCAUUAAAUAACCUUGCGAAUCAACUCUCCUCCCAGUUUCACCACCGAGGCAACGAGGAAGACUUGGAUCAGUCUAUCGCACUUCACACGGAAGCGCUGGUAUUGCGCCCCGUCGGUCACACAGAUCGGUCCACGUCAUUAAAUAACCUCGCGAAUCAACUCUCCUCCCGUUUUCAGCACCGAGGCAAUGACGAAGACUUGGAUCAGGCUAUCGCACUUUACACGGAAGCGCUGGCCUUGUGCCCCGUCGGUCACACAGAUCGGUUCAUGCCACUAAAUAACCUCGCACUUGAAAUCUCAUCCCGCUUUGAGUACCGAGGCGACGACGAAGACUUAGAUCAGGCUAUUGCACUGCACACGGAAGCCCUGACCUUGUGCCCAGUCGGUCACACGGAUCGGUCCAUGUCAUUAAAUAAUCUUGCGAAAGCACUCUCCUCCCGCUUUGAGCACCGAGGCAACGAUGAAGACUUGGAUCAGACUAUUGGAUUUCAUACGGAAGCACUGGCCUUGUGCUCCGUCGGUCACACAGAUCGGUCCACAUUAUUAUAUAACCUUGCGAAUGAUCUCUCCGUCCGCUUCGGCCGCAGAGGCAACGAGGAAGACUUGGAUGAGGCUAUCGCACUUCACACGGAAGCGCUGACCUUGCGCCCCGUCGGUCACACAGAUCGGUCCAUAUCAUUAAAUAAGCUUGCGACUGAACUCUCCUCCCGCUUUGAGCAACGAGGCGACGACGAAGACUUGGAUGAGGCUAUCGCACUUCACACGGAAGCGCUGGCCUUGAGCCCGGUUGCUCACACCGGUCGAUUCCUGUCAUUAAGCAACCUCGCGAAUCAACUCUCUUCCCGUUUUCAGCACCGAGGUAAUGAUGAAGACUUGGAUCAGUCUAUCGCACUUCACACGGAAGCGCUGGCCUUGUGCCCGGUUGGUCACACCGGUCGAUCUAUGUCAUUAAGUAACCUCGCGAAUCAACUCUCCUCCCAUUUUCAGCACCGAGGCAAUGUCGAAGACUUGGAUCAGGCUAUCGCACUUCACACGGAAGCGCUGGCCUUGUGCCCCGUCGGUCACACCGGUCGGUCUAUGUCACUGAAUAACCUCGCGAAUGAACUCUCCUCCCGCUUUGAGCACCGAGGUAACGAGGAAGACUUGGAUCAGGCUAUCGCACUUCACACGGAAGCGCUGGCCUUGAGCCCCGUCGGUCACACCGGUCGAUCUAUGUCAUUAAAUAACCUCGCGAAUCAACUCUCCUCCCGUUUUCAGCACCGAGGCAAUGUCGAAGACUUUGAUCAGGCUAUCGCACUUCACACGGAAGCGCUGGCCUUGCGCCCCGUCGGUCACACAGAUCGGUUUAUGUCAUUAAAUAACCUCGCGAAUCAACUCUCCUCCCGGUUUCAGCACGGAGGCAACGAUGAAGACUUGGACCAGGCUAUCGCACUUCACACGGAAGCGCUGGCCUUGUGCCCCGUUGGUCACACUGGUCGAUCUAUGUCAUUAAGUAACCUCGCGAGUCAACUCUCCUUCCGUUUUAAGCACCGAGGCAAUGACGAAGACUUGGAUCAGACUAUCGCACUUCAUACGGAAGCGCUGGCCUUGUGCCCCGUCGGUCACACAGAUCGGUCUAUGUCAUUAAAUAACCUCGCGACUGAACUGUCCUCCCGCUUCAAGCACCGAGGCAACGAGGAAGACUUGGAUCAGGCUAUCGCACUUCACACGGAAGCGUUGGCCUUGCGCCCCGUCGGUCACACAGAUCGGUUCAUGCCACUAAAUAACCUCGCAAAUCGACUGUCCUCCCGCUUUGAGCACCGAGGUAACGAGGAAGACUUGGAUCAGGCUAUCGCACUUUACACGGAAGCGCUGGACUUGAGCCCCGUCGGUCACACAGAUCGGUUCAUAUCAUUAAAUAACCUUGCGAGUGAACUCUCCUCCCGCUUUGAGCACCGAGGCAACGAGGAAGACUUGGAUCAGUCUAUUGCACUUCACACGGAAGCGCUGGCCUUGCGCCCCGUCGGUCACACAGAUCGGUCGAUGUCAUUAAAUAACCUCGCGAUUGAACUCUCCUCCCGCUUUAAGUACAGAGGCACCGAGGAAGACUUGGAUCAGGCUAUCGCACUUUACACGGAAGCGAUAGCCUUGCGCCCCGUCGGUCACAUAGAUCGGUCCAUAUCAUUAAAUAACCUCGCGGCUGAACUCUCCUCCCGCUUUAAGCACAGAGGCGACGACCAAGACUUGGAUCAGGCUAUCGCACUUUACACAGAAGCGCUGGCCUUGCGCCCCGUCGGUCACACCGGUCGGUCUAUGUCACUAAAUAACCUCGCGAAUGAACUCUCCUCCCGCUUUGAGCACCGAGGCAACGAGGAAGAAUUGGAUCAGGCUAUCGCACUUCACACGGAAGCGCUGGCCUUGUUACCCGUCGGUCACACCAGUCGAUCCAAAUCAUUAUGUCACCUCUCAAAAUCACUCAUCUCCCGCUUUGAGCACCGAGGUAACAGAGAAGACCUCGACGAGGCACGAGAGAACCUCUGUUGUGCAUUGAUUGUCCUGAGGCAACAUGAUCCUCAUCGAAUAUCAGUCCAUGGAUUGCUAGCUAAUGUCUAUCUAUCAUACCAUCGUUCAGGGCUUGAUGACAUUGGUGCAGGCGAAGAUACGGACAGCUUCAAUGUUGCUAUGCAUCACCUCAAGGCGGCAGCAAAUGUUGUCUCUGGAGGCCUGCUAUCCCGCCUACAAAAAAGCUUCCGCUGGGUUAGCUAUGCUGAACAAAACAGACAUGAUACUCAAUUGGAGGCUUAUGAGACUUGGAUGAGAAUCAUGGACGCUCACCUGUCCAGGACAGCUUCGCUAUCCUCUCGUCAUAGGGCCAUGAAGGACUUCCCAUUGGCACUUGCUGUGGAUGCUGCAUCGUGUGCUCUUCGUAGCGGUGACGUGUGUCAUGCUGUCGAGUUGUUGGAGCAAGGCAGGACUAUCAUCUGGACCCAGAUAACACGACUCCGCAUGUCUCUUGACGGUCUCCAGACACGCGGUGAUCAUGCAGCGGCCCUCUUGAAGAGAUUUAGAGACCUUAGCUCCCUCCUCGAUCAACCUCCUGCGAGUCAUUCAGACGCAACCUCAAGAGUCAACGUAGACGCUGAAGAAACCCGAUACAGACGUCUAGUGAAGGAGUGGAAUAGUGCUGUAGAAGAGAUCCGGAACAUCGAGGGCUUCUCUCGCUUCCUCCUCCCCCCUUUAUUCUCCGAUCUUCAAGAAGCAGCUCGUGAAGGGCCUAUCAUCGUGCUCAUUGGAAGCAAGUCAUCUUGCUAUGCCAUUAUCAUCCCAUAUAAGCAAACUCCGAUCAGCAUUCAACUAUCUACCAGUGUUGAGAAGCUUCAGAUAUUGGUGGACAAACUCCACCGCACAGAUAGUCCAGCGCUCAAAAAAGUCUUGAUGGAGUUGUGGGAUGACGUUGUCCGCCCGGUGGUCGAGAAUCUGGACGGAAUUGCACCACGAGGUUCUCGAAUAUGGUGGUGCCCAACAUCUGUCUUCAAUUUCUUGCCGUUGCAUGCUGCAGGCGAGUACAGGAAACAGGGACAGUUCCUUUCACAUCUCUACAUCUCUUCAUACACGCCAUCGCUCACUGCGCUGAUCAAGGCUCGCAGAAGUCAUGAAAGGUCCCCGUCGGUGCCCUUCGUUGCCAUUGGUCAGAAUCGCCCAGCCGGCGCCUCAUUCACUUUGGAUGCUGUGGAGCCUGAACUGGAAUUGGUGCGGAGCCUUUUGCCCCCUCACCCAACUGUUUCGUUCUCCAAGAUAACCAGUAUGGAUGCCACGAAAUCGAGAGCACUGUGCGCAUUGCGAGACAAUACUUGGCUUCAUCUUGCGUGUCACGGGACACAGAACAUUGCCGAACCCUUCAAAUCGGCCUUUCUUAUGCGCGACGAGCCGCUUUCACUCCUCGACAUCACACAAACAGAUCUGUCUCAGCAUCAAUUUAUAUUUCUUUCUGCCUGCGAAACCGCAGUUGGUGACCAUAAUACUCCUGAUGAAGUGAUACACCUAGCGGCUGGCCUGCAGUUUGCAGGGGUCAAGAGCGUCAUUGGGACAUUAUGGAAGGUCAAUGAUAAUACCGUGGAACGCUUAGUCAAGGCAUUCUACGAAAACUUUUGUGGGGAUCGCACGAUGAACUCCAAACGAGCUGCCCGGGCGCUGCACCGAGCGGUCUAUUCUCUAGGUUCUGACAAAGACAUACCUUUGGACCAGCGCAUAGUGUUCGUGCAUAUUGGCAUAUGAUCAAUACCGUGUGUCUUCCCUCCUUCUUGAUUAAAGUAUUUUUGACAACUUUGCGUGUAGCAUUCAAUCAUGGCCACGUAAAACCCUUUGCCAAGGACUUCAAUAUUUGAAACUAUAUACCUACACGAUAUGGACACUUGAUUUUGACUUGAGUUUGUAUUUUCUAGUUUGUUGCCUCGAAGCUAAAGGUGAUCGCUCUUAAGGUGAACUGAUGGUUUGUGGGUACUAUUAAGAUAAAAAUAAAGUUGCACAACAUUGAUCUGACAUAACACCUCAUGCUCAUGUUGCAAGACGCAAUUUGCGACGAUUAAGGUGUCGAGGCAUGAGGGCGUUGAAUGCACUCUCACUUACCAUCACUGAUGUUACGAAAAGGUCGGGGAGUUCUGGCGAGGGGACCAAAGUAUGAUCAUUUUCUGGAGUUUUUCGAUUUAUGGAGUUUGGUCAAGUUCCUAGAUACUGAAGGUACUACCUACGCUAGCAGCA